AUGUUGGACAUUGGAGGAAACAGAUUCACUGGUUCUUUACCCCCAUUUCAUAGUACAACUGUGCCAAAUCUCUCGUACCUUGACAUGUCAUCCAAUCUUCUCACCGGAGAAAUUCACUCUUCUGUUUUCACACUUCCAUCUCUGGCUAAUUUGCUACUCAAUAAUAACAAAUUCAGUGGUGAACUCCAGGAGUUCUCUAAUGCAUCUUCCUCUGUUUUAGAGUAUUUGUAUUUGAAUGACAAUCAAUUGAGUGGGGUGGUACCUAAAUCAAUAUAUCAGCUUCCUAACCUCUUGUAUCUAUCAUUGGCCUCUAACAACUUCAAUGGUAGUGUGAAAAUUGAGAUGUUGCAGAAUCUCAAGAUGUUGACACUUUUAGAUCUCUCUACCAAUAGUUUGACAGUUGAAAGUGAUGAUAGAAGCUUUCACUUGCCUCAGCUCCAAUUCUUGUAUCUACAGAAGUGCAAUUUAUCUGAUUUCCCCAUUUUAUUGAAGAAUCAAGUACGACAGCUUAGAGGUCUGAACCUGGCAUACAAUCACAUCCGAGGUUAUAUUCCUAGUUGGCUAGGGAACAACAUUCUUGAGCAGUUGGACCUUUCUGGAAAUACAAUUGAUUUUCUUGAAACAACAUCAGCUCAGGGAAACGGCCUUGAUGGUUUACAGGAUCUUGACCUUUCUCAUAACAAGAUAGAAGGUGAAAUACCAAGUUGGAUAUGGAAUAGUGAGCUUGAAUAUGUGAAUAUUUCUCACAAUCUUUUAACUGCUCUUGAUGAAUUUCCCACAAAUAUUUCUUUAUUUGUGUUUUCUCUUUUUCUUCAUGGAAAUCGUAUCAAAGGAUCUAUUCCAUCCACAAUAUGCAAUAUGAGCAACUUGUUGUUCUUUGAUGCAUCAGAUAAUAAUUUGAGUGGUUUGAUUCCAGAGUGUUUGCUCAAGCUUCAAAGUCUGUCUGUUUUGAACUUUCAAAGAAACAGAUACCAUCAAAUGCCUUCUAAUUUUACAUUAGCAAGAAAUCUUGCUACUCUUAAUAUCAAUGGCAAUCGUUUGAAAGGGAAGCUGCCAAGAUCACUAGCCAAUUGCAAAAAGCUGGAGAUUCUUGAUUUAGGAAACAACAUAAUGUCUGACACUUUUCCAUUUUGGUUGGAGAAACUCCCUUCACUCAAAGUUCUUAUCUUACGAAACAACAUGUUUUAUGGUGAGAUGGAGAUUCCUAGGACAAAGUUUGUGCUGCCAAGCUUAAGCAUAAUUGAUUUGUCCUCCAAUAAUUUCACCGGAAAGUUGUCCACAUAUUUCCUGCAGAGUUUGAGUGCAAUGACUAUGGGUGGGGAAAACAAAGCACUGUCCAGCCUCAUAGGAGAACAUGACGGCUACUAUCAGGAUUCAGUGACCGUCAUGAACAAAGGAUAUGAGAUGGUGCUGGUUAAGAUCUUGACAAUAUUUGUAUCUUUGGAUCUGUCAAACAACAAGUUCCACGGCAAUGUCUCGAAAGAGAUUGGGGAACUAAAAUCAUUGGUUGUGCUCAAUCUAUCACGAAAUGCUUUCGAUGGGCAAAUUCCAAUAUCAUUGGGAGACUUAUCUCAACUUGAAUCUUUAGAUUUUUCAAAGAAUAAAUUCUCAGGGAUAGUUCCUCCACAGCUCGCUAGUCUAACUUUUUUAGAAGUAUUGAACCUAUCAUACAACCAACUAGGUGGCCACAUUCCUUUGGGGAACCAAUUCAAUACUUUCACGAAUAGUUCCUACAUAGGAAAUGCAGGACUGUGUGGAACCCCACUCUCAAGAAAAUGCAGUAAAGAUGAUGAUGUACUAGUAGCACAAGAUGAGAGCUUGGAAAAUGAAGCCAUGAUUGAUUGGAGGUUUGCAGUUGCUGGAUGUGUGUCUGGAUUGGUUGUUGGAUUAACAAUUGGGUUCUCUUUUUUGGCAGAACUAAUUAUUAAGUGGCUUGUAAAGCAGCAGAAGAAAAGAAGAAGAAACCAAGGAGGACUCAGAAGAAGAAGAAACCAAGGAGGAUUUAGAAGAAAUUGAGCACAAUUAUAAUGUUACCUCUUUGAUUAAGAAAAUAACUUUUUGUUUUGUAUUUACGUUCUCCAAGAUUGUCUCGUACUUAGUACGUAGUAUAUGUUUAAUGCUUUUCUUAAGCUAAGUAGUACAUUUCUCCUAAUUCCAAAGUUAUGUUUCACCCAACCACCUAAGCGCAUUCUCUUUUUCAAAAUAUUGAUUGCCA